UUAUAUAUUGUCGGUUGCGACUUUUCUCAGAGGUUUACAUUGAAACGCAAUUAAAUAAUUAAAAAUAAGCAGAAAAAAUGGAAAAGCCUCCUUUACACACGCUUUAAUGUAUGGGAUUCAGGUGAUACGAAAACGAGGCUAGUUAAAUUUGGCAACGUACAUUUGGCAAGUUUUUAGUACAGUUUAAUAUGAUCACGUUACGAGGAAAACUAAAAAAGGACAAUGACAUAGCAAAUUCAAAGAAUUACAACAGGCGAGUCUCAAUACGAGAUAAAUUACUGAUUAAAGAGGUACAGGAAAUGGAACAAACGUUGCCAGUAACUUGUAAAGUCACAUUUAAAGAUCCACAUUGUCUUCAUGAAUUUAUCUUGUUAAUUAUGCCAGAUGAGGGAUAUUGGAUUGGUGGCCAUUUCUAUUUUCAAAUUUAUAUAAGCGAAGAUUACAACAUGGCGCCGCCAGUGGUAAAAUGCUUAACGAAAUUGUGGCAUCCUAACAUAAGCGAAGAUGGCGAUGUAUGCCUAUCUAUUUUAAGACAAAGUAGUAUUGAUGGCAUGGGAUGGGCACCAACACGCAAACUAAAAGAUGUUGUAUGGGGUUUAAAUUCUCUUUUCACUGAUCUCCUAAACUUUGAUGAUCCUUUGAAUAGGGAUGCAGCAGAUUUGUUUAUUAAGGAUAAAGAAUCUUUUCGAAGUAAAGUUAAAGAUUAUGUAAUGCAAUAUGCAAAAAGAUGA